AUGGAGGAAAAAAACGACACCGGUUCCGUCCCGAGUCGAUACCAGCCACCAGCCUUAUGGUCUUCUGCUCCUCCGGCCCUCGUUGCCUCGUCGGCUCCCUGGCCCGCGAGAGAGCAGCGAAGAGACCAGCCUUGGACUUCCUCUCUUCCUCCCCCCCGACCCAGUGCGCACCUCGAACUUGUCCUCGCGAGGGCGACUGACUCCCCCGGAGCAGAGGGAAGGAUUUCUGUCGAGAAGCAGCCUCCAUCGUUUCCACCGUCUCUCAGCCAAGUCUUCAUCGCAACACAGCAGGAAGCAGACUUUCGUCCGGUGAAACAGCGUCUAGAGAGGAAUGAUGACUCCGGCCAUUCGAAGAAACCGAAAGUCACUCUAACGCAUGCGCAGGACUCGGGAGCGGGAUGCCGCGCGCGGGAGAUCGAAGCUCCCGAGCGAACCAAGCAGCACGUCGACGUCGAACCCAGUGAAGGGGAUUUUUUCCGACUAGACGCCUCCGCGAGUGCGGAACACUGCGGAUCUGCGGGUCGCCGCCGGCGGUCGAGUCAGGUGCCAGUACACCAGGAAAACGCGCAGAGCACUCUCGAAGGGGAACCUGGGAGUACCCGAGAUCGGGAUGCACACCCAGCGGGAAACCAGAACGGAGUCGAGGGGUCCUCCAGUCAGCAGCGCGGAGUAGGAACUGUGCCAAGUGGUCGUGGCGAAACAUACACUUGGGAAGGACAGAGUGAAGGACAAGCGCAGGAACGAGGAGCUCAGGAGGAAACUUUGCUUUGUGGAAAAUCAGACGCACGUGGCGCGGGACGCAAUAACCGUGUAGAGGAUCGAAGGGAGGAGUUCACGAAUUGGGAGGAAACAACACCGACGGUCAUUCCGCCGGCGGAUGCAGGGCGCCCAGGGUCCGCGGGGCUCCGUGUCCGCGCUUCCCCCGUCCCUGUCCGAGAUCUGGUGUUCCCUGCCGCCCACGAAGGGACUGCGGCUCGCGGCUUCCCGGCCUCGGAGGCGCAGGGCGAAGGGACAUCCUCUGGCGCGCGUCCACGAACGGUGCGACGUCAUUCGGGCGUCUCGACGCCCAGAGCACCCGCGAGUUAUUCGAACGUCCCUCAUUCCUGGAGGAGCCGUUCUUCGAUUCUCGUUGGGCCUCCCGCCGCCGGCAGCGCGGGUCCGGGCGCACCGGUGCCGCGAGGCCCGUCUCUUUCGGGUGUGUCCUCUCUUUUGGCGGCGAAGGAGCUGCAAACUCCUUUCGCCACAGCGGCGCAUCCCUUCGAGAGCUUCGGGGCGGCACGCGCCUUAUUCCCCUGCAACCCGAGUUCUGGAUUGAAUCUGGCUGUGGCGCCGAGUCCACCGUUUCCGGCUGUCGACAGCGCAACCGUCGCGCCUCACCGGGUACCCUUCGUCUUCGGACCGCAACCAGUAAGCCACCCCUGUUCAUUUGAACUACCGGGGGUCGGCGCGAUUUCCUUUCCUCCCUUUCGGGCCACGAAUCAGUCGACAGUGACAGGGGUCAGAGGUGCGUCUCCCUCUGUACCAUCCGGCGUGUUGGGGGCUGCGCCGCUCGGCAGCUGUCAGACUCCGGUGCCGGUCCUGGGGGCGAGAAGUCUUGAGAGAUCUCCGCACGUGUCCCCGUUGUGUGCCGGAAACGGAGGGUCCGAGCCUCAUCAGAGUCCGGUUGCGCAUUCGGGCGCAGAGGACGGGGUCUUCGCUCGGAUCUGGGGCACAGCUCUGCGAAGUCGAGUGCUGAACAGUGCUAGCGGGAAUAUCGGGACUGCAGGCGCAGCGGAUUUCGACCUGCUUUCUUCGUCUGCACCCGUGUUCGCUUGUGAAGUCGAACCAGACUUGGUCGCAGCCUCCGUUCCCAAGCCCCGUGAACCAGCAAGGUUUCCGUCUCUUUGUGCGGCAGUCGGGAGUCGGCUGGGGCGUGGGCCUUUGGUUCCAGAGACGGUGUCGUUGCCCCCUUCCGUUCGGUCCGGUCGAGCUUGCUGGCGAGACGAGGCGAGACUACGCGUGAGCGAAGCCACGGGGUUCGCGACGAUCCUGGGUCUCUUGGCUUCCAGCGCGAUCUCGUGUAUCAGAAGGGGACACAUUCCCCGUCACUUCCGCCUCUUGCGGCUGGUCUUUGAGCGUUUCCGGUCUCUUUCGGACGACUCGCGUGCCGUAAUACGAAUCCUGGGAGACAGGGAUCUGUCUGAUCAGUUCAGACUGGAACAAGAGGCACUCGACGCAGGCUUGUUCACCCUACCUUCGGCGACGCCCAGGAUACGUCAGUUUCAGACCCGCAGGGGGGAAACACCUUCGCAGGGCGCAGAGCAACAUAGAACAACUCGAGACACCCAGGGCCAGGGGAAACGAGAAAAGGAAGAGGCGAAGCGGAGGCGGGAGCACGAUUUGCCGGACCGGCAGAGCGGUUCGCAUCGCGGACCCGGAAAACUCGCGCGGCGCACGAACGAGAGCAGGGCGACGCGAGAGGGCAGAGAGCGAGGGACGCAGAGACAGGACGCUGGCGAAGAGAGACGCAGCAAGGGGACUGUCUGCCGGGGGAGAAGUGGGACGCGGAGAAGCCGCAGACGGGAGGGAGAAGGACACCGAGGAAACAAGACAGCGGGGCAACGAGGAACGCGAAGACAGAAAGGAGUGGCUGAGGAAAAGGAGCGGCUCGAAGACUCUUCAUCAGAUAGCGAGGGCGUUCCCCGUCAUUUCUUCAAACCGGGCUUACCAGGGAACCUCUCUCCGCGGCCGCCGCAUCCCGCGUCUUCUCCGGAGCCGCCUCCUGUUCUCUCUCUUCCGUCGCCGCUGUGUAGCGUCGGAAAGCACGGCAAAAACCUGCCCAGACGAAGAUACAGUGCGGACUGGGAUUCCGACGGUGACGGGUGUGGGCCGUACGACGAGAGAGCAAGCGAAAGCGACGACUCACCUGGGGUCGCUUCAGGGGUCCACCGCGUGGAUUCUGGUCUCUGCCUGAGACUCGGGAGCGGGAUGAUGCACAUGGCGCCGACUGACCCGGUUUCCGUGGCAGCGUCUCCCGUUUUCGAAAAUAAACCUGAAACACCUGCGAGCCCCUUCGCUGCCCCGCCGUACGGAGGCCGAGGUUUGUUUGUGCGGGCCGCAGACUUAUCGUCCUGCCCUCAGCCUGCGUCCCAUUCGCCGAGUGUCGUGGCCCUUGGUCCGUUGGUUGGAGGCAGGCCCCAGGCGCAGCGGCAGCCUGUUUCGGUUGAGCCCGAAGCGGCGAUGAAAUCUCGGGGAUCUGCUGCACAGUCUGGAGUGGUGCCAGAGAGCGCAUGUGAAGAUACUGCGGCUGUGGAGGCUGGCCGGGAAAUGCGGGGGAUGAUGACUGGCGCGGACAGUUCGGAUUGUGCAGACCUUCCUUUCUUCCAUCCCGUCCUUUCGUCUGCGUAUGAUCCAAAGACGAAAGACUCGCGUGCCUACUACUCGAUUCCUCAGCGCCUCGGCGCUCCUGCGGCCUCUUCCGCCUCGAAUCUCCAGGGCUCCGCUUCCCGCCCCGACCCGGGGGACGCGUCUUUGUGUCAAGGCACUGAAGAAGGAGGAGAGGCCUGCGGAACUGGCGAGGGGGGUUUGCGGGGUGAGGCGUUGCAUGCACAUGUGCCUCUGCCGCACCUUCCGUCUUCUGUCGCCUCAGCAUCGGCUUCGAGAGGUGGCUCUAUCUUUUCGCCGUAUCGCAAAGUCGCGGAGCCUCAGUCUUCAGGCGGGCCGCUGGGGAUGGUAGGACGCGGGGGAGGCGAGUCGCUUCCGACGCGGAAGCCAGAAGUAUCCCUCGCAUCCGCGCCGUCCGAUCACAUUGGCUUCCCUCUGUCACGCCCACCGUUGCGAGGCAUGUCGUCUGUUUCCUACCCGCCCCCUCCCGUGACGGACAGGCAGUCCCCAGUCAGUCCGGUGAUGCCCAGUCUCGGACGUGAACAACUAGUGGCCGAAGGCCCUUCACCUGCCGUCGGUCUCGCCGAGGCACUGCCGCUACCCGAGUCGAGUGGGAACAAACGGCGGGCUUCCACGGGUCCCACCGUGGAGGUGGCUCGUGGCACGGGCAGACGCGGGGUGGGUGUUCUGGGACUGUCGGCGAGGGGGAGAGUGACGAGGCAGUCUGGGCGAAGGGCUGCGAACGCCCUCGCCACGCGAUGUGCCGACAGAGGCGCAAAGGCACGGGUCUCUGGGCCCGAGGGCGGAAGGGUGCAGAGCUGUGAAGACGGUGAGGAAGGCGGCUGCGAAAGAGAAGAAGACUUACAGAAAGACGAGAGCGAGGCGAGAGAGUCGGUCGAGAACGAGGUGGGGCAAGAUGCGACGAUGAAGGGCAUUAAACGUGAAGGAGAGAAAGGCCGUCGGCCUGAGGAGGGCCUGACAGCGGCGCCUCGGGUCAGGCAGGGCCGUGGGGCAGUGAAGCGGGACGACGAGGACGUUCCAGAUGCGGCUGCAGCAGCCGACGCGAGUGCGGAGACACAUGGACUGCGGCCGCGAGGUCGAUCUCGAAGCUCGCCGUCGCCCGCCGUCCCGGCUCCGAAGCGCCAGCGUGUCGCGUCUGAAGCGGCGAGGAAAGCAGCCGCAGCAGAGUCCAUUCCUCGAACGCGGCGACGGGGCACCAGUCUCGCUGCAGAAGGCGAGGCGGAUGGCGCCAGGCCAGCGAAAGACGUCCCCAUCACUGUGGAAGACUCGGACCCUUCGUGUUGUCGAGAAGAGGCGAGACAGGAUAGACCUGGAGCCGCGUCGCAGGCGGCCCGAGUCGACUGUGCGGCGCAAGGCAAAGAACGCAGCGCCCGGCCGAUUCCCGCAGCCUGCCGCACAGAUGAGCUGGAUGGACCCGAGUGGAGUGGAAAAGAGAAUCCUGUGGCUGCCGGCACCCCGUCUCCGGAUCAGAUGGCGGGAGAACGCAGGCGAGAAGGGACGGGCCGGGGAGGCGACUCUGGAGGGAGAAAUCGCGACGAACCCGGCCCGAAGCGAGGCGAGUGUGAGAGGCUGGACAGGAGACCGACACGCCACGGUGACGUCGGGAAGGUGACCCCAGGAGACCGGAGCCAGGAAGCAACAGGAUUCUCCAGCGCAAACCAGACGGGCGCCGGGGGACUCGAGGCGACGUUGCCGGGUUUCACGCUCGGAGCGGGCGGCACAAAGCCCAAGUGCGAGGGUGAUGGACGCCAGUAUUUUGCAAGUACGGGUGUCGCUUCUGCGAGCCUGGACGGGAGACGGUACGGCAGCGUCGACUGCGGUGAAGGAACACCGUCCGCUGGCGACGCUGGCCAACGUGGACCCAGGGGAGGAGCGAAAGGCGCGAUGUCUCUGGUUGCAUUUUCGUUUCUGGCGCCCGAGCAGGGCAUGUCGGAGCAGUUCUGGAAACAGAGUUUCGAGGUCAUCGACCACUGGCGCGCUGCAGACGAAGACGCCGACGAAGAGAAAAUAUUCACGUUUGCGAGUUCCAUGGCUGUGGGCGCGCUCGCCGCGGACUUCCCGGGAGGGUCUGUCUCGUCAUCCCCAGGAUCCUGGGGGGCUGGUAGAACAAACAGUUGGGGAACCAAAGGAGAAGACACCACUCCAGCUGACGUGUCGCGUUUUCGCGUAUUCACUCCAGCGUCUGGCGGAGGCGGCUGUUCCUCUUCCUCGACACUCGCGCACUGCGGAACUCCCGGGACGCCGGGUCUAAACAACGACGGGAACGGACUGAGGCCGUCGCCCGAGAGCCGGGGCAGAACGACCGUCUCCUCUCUCGUAGCGGCGCCACUGUCUGCGGUGGGCGCCGGUUCGCUGCGUCUGCCGUACGGGGCGAUGGCUGCUUCGCACGGCGACGAGGAAAGAACUCUGACCCCUUCGUCUAAUCCGACAGGAGCGAGCGGCGCAUCAGUGCCUGCGCGUGCGCGCAAGACUGUGGCUCCUGCAGCCCACGUGGGAGGCGCGGGGAUUGUGUGCCUCCCUUCGCUGUGCCAUCCGCCUCGAAGCGGACCCGUUCCGGCCGUUUCGACCCCCGUGGUGUCGAGUUCCCUGUCGUUGCUCCCGGCGUUUUCACCGAGUGCACUUCAAGCAUGCGGACUGCAUUUGCCGGGGAUGGCGGCUGGGGUGACGCCUUUCUCUCUCGCGCGCUCGGGCCAGAGCGUGAACAACGGGACCCAGGUGGUAACCGUGUCCCUCUUUCCCAAGGAGUGGCUCGGAAGAAAUGGGCGGCUCUGCCGCCGCAGCGGCAUGCUGAAAGGUUGCCUGCGGGCUCUGCGGGAUGUCAACCUGUUGGAGGAAGACAGCGCACUCUCUGUCGAGGCCCCGCUGCUGCUGACGCGUCCGUCCCCGAAUGGUGGAGACGGACGACUCCUGAUUCCGCGCCACACCAUCACGCUCAGAAUCGACCACCCGUUCCCAGCAUUCAUUUCUUGCUCGCGGCCGUCGAAUGGAGACCGAAAAGCCUGCAGCCAGAACCGGACUGUAGGCUGCGUCUGUCCGUCCUGCAGCGCCUGCGCUGCCCCACAGGGAUUCGACCCCGCGGGCCACACCAGCUGCGCCAGUUCGCUCUCGACGGCCUCGACGACGACGCACGGAAGCAGCUCGAGUUCUUCGCGCCGGAAUCCCCGAGCCGGGGACAAGGCCCGACAGUGUGCGGCGGCGGAAGGGCCGCAUGCAGGCGACGCGGCAGCGGGAGAAGAAGAGGGCACGAGCGGCGCCGUCUCUGCUCGACGCGCGUCUUUCUCGGGCACUCCCCAUCUGGGUGAUGGAACCAAGUUGUCGCUUUGCCAGGGAGGAGAGGAAGGCGACAGGGCGGGAGCUGAGAGAGAAGAGGCGGACACACAACACAGAGAAGGAGCAGCCCCGCACGAUUCACACGAGGGCCUCGUCGCGUCGACGCCUCGAGAUCCACGGCUGCUGAAUCAGUCAGGCAGUGGAGGCAAUACGAAUUCGAGCUUCAACGCUGCCGCAGCCUCUUUCGGUGUUCUGUCUGGAGUGCUAAGCGGAGCCCUAGCUGCAGUCGCUUCCUCGGCCUCUCCCCUGUACGCACGAGGGGCGACUGGGGGCUUUCGACCAGCGUCUUCCUCCUUUCCGACCCGUCAGUCGUCGCCGCUCGCAGCUCGGGGGACGACACCGGCGUCCGGGGCGAGUGGCAGCCGGGCUUUGGGCUCUAAAGCAGAGAACGAUGUUUCCCUCGCUUCAAGUGUGAACGCGGGCGGCCAUGUUUGGGGCGGCAGGGGCCGGAGCGGAGACACCGCUGGAGCCCCGGCGCCUGGACACGGAGAGAGAGCGCACGAGGCGACCGACAGUUUGAGUGGAUCGACUCCAAGCAGCUGCUGCGGGAGCAGCCGGACGACGAGUGCAACAUCAGCUUCGGGCCUGGGAGGAGUCGCUUGCGCCGGGUGUUCGCCGAACUCGGAGACGGCUCUAGCUGGCUGCGGUGGAGGCUGUACUCUCGUCCAGGGUCCCCCUCAACAGCACAUUCUGGUGCGGUCGAAGCCUGCAUAUCUGCUCCUGUGGAGAUACGGGGAAAGAGGGACGAGCCAGGAUCCAAAGCGGAAGUGGUACGUGGUGACUCCGAUGUUCAUUCGAACCAAGUGGUUUGGAAGGUGCUUUGAGUUCUACAGCAGAUUCCAACAGGGACAGCUCGACAAAUACAAGCUCCUGGUCGUCGACGCCCUCAACCGUGUCUCUCCGAAACGCGAUGCCAUUGUUCAGGCCUGGUGUCUCGCUGGUUGCCUUGAGGCCACUCUGAAGGAACUCGGCGUUGACUAUCAGGUUCGGGAGGUGACUGAAGGCCCCUGGCAGGGAUUUCCCGAGCCGACGUUAACUGAUGAGGACCAAGUCAUCGAAGGCACGUUGCGAUUGGUGACGGACCCGAUCGAUGAGUUAGAGACCUCUUACUCGAGUUUGCUUUCAGAGAUGUCUGCGGGGGUCGGGUCCUUGAAUUCCGCGUCGAGCGGAUUCCCUUCAUCGUUUUUGUCUCGGCAGCAUUCCGAAGCGCUGCACAGCAAGGCAAACAAUGAGGCGAGUUGUCCUGCCUCACCCGCGGCAGAAGGCGUUUACGGGCGGAACGUGGCGCCGUCUUCGCUGUCUCCCCUCGGCGUGUCGUCGCCCCUGGCGUCUUCUUUGGGAGCAGAACGGGUGCAGGCGCGACUGGGAAUUUCUUCUGGAACGUGUUUCGGGCGUGUGGACGGAGGCGUGGCGGGAGGCGCACAACGCAGCGGAAGGACGCCGCUGGAGGGCGGCCAGCCGCGGGAAGACAAAGCGGGAGAGCAGGGACGGAGAGACAGAGACCGCGGACAGCAAGGCUAUCUCGACGGCAGGGGGGCGAAACGAAGAAGAGAGGAAGCGGACCAUCGAAACGACGGACGCGAACAGACUCAAGAGCGAGAGGCAAAGGCGGAAGGAGACAGACUGGUAGAAGAGGCGGACAAAGUCUUGAACGCUCGACUACUAGCGUCGGCAGGGUGCACACCCCACUCCGCCCAGCACUCACACCCUCUCCACGCACAGAGGGCUGUGGUCAAUGAGUAA